GAGCGAUCUAGGUCCGAACGUCGGGUAUGAAGCCAUUGGCCUUGUUGACAGUAGUUUGCCAACAGUUGGAGUCUUUGCUAAAGCAACAGCGAAGGACACGCCGAAAAGCGCGACGGAGCAGUCAGGGACAGGCAUUCGAUCAGAGAGUGAAACAGAAGCAGAAGCCUCAGAAGUUCACAUUUCUCCAAGCUUUUCUCCAACGCCUCAAGUUCCAAAGCAAGGGGAAGAUUACGGCAAAGGUGUCAUUUUCUACCUCAGGGAUAAAGUUGUGGUAGGAAUCGUGUUAUGGAACAUCUUCAACAGGAUGCCUAUUGCUCGAAAGAUCAUCAAAGAUGGGGAGGAGCAUGAUGAUCUCAACGAAGUAGCAAAGCUUUUCAACAUCCACGAAGACUAA